UCUUACUUAAAUCAGAGUCAGAUAAACCAAGUGCGAGAAAGGCGCUUUUUAAAUUUAGUUGUCCAACGCCGCUCGCUUGAACAGACAUGUUUAACUUGUCUGCCGUUUCUUCCGCCUCCACCGCUGUUGUAAAAAUUGCCCAACCGUCACUUUCCACCGUGCCCUCUGCUGUUUUCCGAAAACAAAUAACAUCCGUUUCUUCUACCUUCUGGGUUCAAGUCCAGCCUUCUUCCUCUUCAGUGCGUUUCAGGUUUUGUCCGGUUAAAUCCAUGUCUCACACUCAAACAUUUUCUGUUCCAACCCAUGAAUCUCAAUCUUCUGCUUCCGGGAAGAAGCAAGCUUUGAUAUCUUUGUCAGAUAAAAAGGACUUGGCUUUUCUUGGAACUGGGUUACAAGAACUGGGAUACACAAUUGUUUCAACUGGAGGAACGGCUACUGCUUUAGAAAAGGCUGGUGUGUCAGUAACUAAAGUGGAACAGCUCACCUCGUUCCCGGAAAUGCUUGAUGGACGUGUAAAAACUUUACACCCCAACAUACAUGGGGGUAUUCUUGCUAGAAGGGACCAAAAACAUCAUAUGGAAGCUCUGAAUGAACAUGGAAUUGGUACAUUUGAUAUAGUUGUUGUGAACUUGUACCCAUUUUAUGAUAAAGUUACUUCUGUUGGAGGGAUUGCUUUUGAGGAUGGAAUUGAGAACAUUGAUAUUGGUGGCCCUACCAUGAUCAGAGCUGCUGCAAAGAAUCACAAGGAUGUCUUGGUUGUAGUUGAUUCUGAAGACUAUCCUGCACUCUUAGAAUUUCUGAAGGGAAACCAGGAUGAAGAACAGUUUCGCAAAAAGCUUGCUUGGAAGGCUUUUCAGCAUGUUGCUUCUUAUGAUUCUGCUGUGUCAGAGUGGCUGUGGAAACAGACUUCAGCGGAUAAAUUCCCUCCCAGCUUAACAGUGCCCCUCAGACUUAAAAGUUCUCUUCGUUAUGGUGAAAAUCCUCACCAGAAGGCUGCAUUUUAUGUUGACAAGAGUCUUUCGGAGUUUAAUGCUGGUGGGAUUGCGACAGCUAUUCAGCAUCAUGGGAAAGAGAUGUCAUAUAAUAAUUAUUUAGAUGCUGAUGCAGCUUGGAAUUGUGUAUCGGAAUUUAAGAAUCCUACUUGUGUAGUUGUAAAGCAUACAAAUCCCUGUGGAGUAGCAUCACGUGAUGACAUCCUUGAAGCAUAUAGAUUAGCUGUGAAAGCAGAUCCGGUCAGUGCAUUUGGUGGCAUUGUGGCCUUCAACAUUGAAGUUGAUGAGGCCCUUGCUAAGGAAAUCCGGGAGUUUAGAAGUCCAACAGAUGGAGAAACUCGAAUGUUUUAUGAGAUUGUGGUUGCUCCCAAGUAUACCAAGAAGGGUCUUGAGAUUCUCCGGGGAAAAUCAAAGACUCUUAGGAUCCUAGAAGCAAACAAGAAUGAGAAGGGAAAGCUUUCGCUCAGACAAGUUGGUGGUGGCUGGUUAGUACAGGAAUCAGAUGACUUGACUCCCCAAGAUAUCCAAUUCAACGUUGUUUCUGAUAAGACACCAACAGGAAAUGAACUUAAGGAUGCUGAAUUUGCAUGGCUUUGUGUCAAGCAUGUCAAGAGCAACGCCAUUGUAAUAGCAAAGAACAACUGUAUGUUGGGUAUGGGAAGUGGGCAGCCAAAUCGUGUAGAGAGUUUGAGAAUAGCAAUGAGGAAGGCAGGAGAUGAGGUUAAAGGAGCUGCUCUGGCUAGCGAUGCAUUCUUCCCAUUUGCCUGGAAUGAUGCCGUGGAAGAGGCAUGUGAGAGCAGAAUUGGCGUGAUUGCAGAGCCUGGUGGCAGCAUUAGGGAUAAGGAUGCCAUUGACUGCUGUAACAAAUAUGGGGUUUCACUGCUCUUUACCAAUGUGAGGCACUUCAGGCAUUGAAGCUGACUGGCCUUUUCUUUUCCAUUUUUGGACCAAGCCAUGUGCUUGAAUCUUAGCACAAUGUGGGAGUGGUUUUUCCCUUAGAUAUUUAGGUUGCAUAAGCUGGCAAUCAUGAUCUGUCAUAAUAAAUAUUCAGGGAACCACAGAUUUUGUUUUCUUAGUGAGUCUUUGAACCUGACCUUGACAAUUGUCACAAUGGAGCGUCUUUCUUCUCCUAGAAAAAAGAAUAAAGAGAAAACUUGCAUUGCCA